ACAGACUAACACCAAUCGUCAACGCCACUUUUUAUAUAUCUAUUACUACCUCUCUCUCUCUCUUUUAUCCCUCAUGUUCAGAGUUCAGACCUAGCUAGCCAUUGUUGAAGCCUUUCUUCAUUUCUCGUUUUAGAUCAAUCAAGAAAUAUGGCAAACCGUCCACACGUUCCAAAGUUUGGGGACUGGAACAACCAAGACCAACCAUUCACGGUCGUCUUCGACAACGCAAGGACGAACAAACGACAAGACUUGUACGAAUCUAUUGAGAAACCAGAGACCAAACCUCAAGAACAAGCUCCUCCUCCUCCUCAGCCUGCUCGCAAAAAUCAAAGACCAGAGCCACCAAAACCGGUUAAGGAGGACACGCCAAGAGCGCCUCUACCAGCCGAUAAAAACAACAGAGUCAGCGCUCCCCCGGCGGAUCAACUAUAUAGAGGCGGGGGACUCUACGGAAGCGGAGGAGGGGGCGGAAGCGGACACAAGGCCGGAAGUGGAGGCGGAGGUGGACUAUAUGGAGGUUAUGGAGGUCCAGCCGCAAACCAGCGGCAGCCACCAGCUCCUCGUCCAGCGCCACCUAAACAAAACAAUAGAAGCGGCAACAACGGAAGGGGAGCGACAACGAUUCCGCCAUUCCCAGGAUCAGUGGGUGCAGGGGAGAACAUGAGUUACACACACAUUUUCGACCAAGUCAAAGAAGAGAGAAAAGAAGCUGGCAGAUCAUACGGUGGAACAGCCGGCAACACUCCUUCUCGCCCCAUCAACGGUCAACGUGAAUCUCCGGCACCAUCCAAAUCCUCCAAGGUCUGCUGCUUUCCAUGGGGCCGAAAGGGAACCAAAUAUUGAAGAAAAUGUACAUAUUUAUGAAUUGAAGAACUUACCUCAUUUUCUUGGAUAUAUCAUUUUUUUUGCUUUUGUAACAAAAGGAUUGAAGUUUUUGGAGACAACGAUGGAGCUUCUAUUACUCUUUUUUUAUUUUUAAAAAUUUUAAAAUUAAAUUUGAUUCUCAAGUAAGGAUGGUAGUGUGUAUGUGUUGUGUAAUUGAAUUUUUGUAAUGAAAAAAAUUGGUUUAUUGAUGAUUAUUAGACAAAAUAUUUGC